AUAAAAACACCUGCUUUGACUGCAGUCCCUCUCUGUCAGCACAGAUUUAGCAGGUCGGAUUGUUCUGCUCUUUGUCGUUGACUAGGUUUAAAUGUAGGCUUUUAUUCUGGUCUGCUCUGCUGUGUAGGAUGGAGUUUGGCUGUGAGGUGGACCUGGAGGAGCUGUGUCCAGUGUGUGGAGACAAAGUGUCUGGGUACCACUACGGUCUGCUCACCUGUGAGAGCUGCAAGGGAUUUUUCAAAAGAACUGUCCAGAACAACAAGACCUACACCUGCGUGGACAACCAGCAGUGCCGGAUCGACAAAGCUCAGAGGAAGCGCUGUCCGUUCUGCAGGUUUCAGAAGUGCCUCCAUGUUGGGAUGCGCCUCGAAGCUGUCCGUGCAGAUCGAAUGAGAGGCGGUAGAAACAAAUUCGGCCCCACGUACAAGCGGGAUCGGGCCCUAAAGCAGCAGCAAAGAGAGGCUUUCAUACGAGCUCACAAAUUCAGAACCGAGAGCGGCACUCCUGUGGCGUCAUGGAUUCAGAAUGGAGAUUUGACUUUUACCGAAAGCCUAAACGCUUCCAGCUGGACCAUCAAGUACAGCAACGCCGUCGUUGAUGCAGUGACCCUAAUGGAGCCCCGUGACCCCUGCUCAGGACUCAGAUUCACACAGGAUCCACGAACGCCUCCACUGGUGAUGGAGUUCCUGCUUUAUGAUCCAGACGAGCUGCAGCAGCACAGAAACACGGAGGUUCACUGUGAGCAGGAGGCGACCGGCUGCUGCGCCUUCACACAGGUGUACGCCGUGGUGGACCUGCUGCUGCACUCCAUCGUGGAGUGGGCACGCAUGUCUGCCCUGUUUAAGCAGCUUCAGAUCAGUGACCAGAUGAAGCUUCUACAUCAUGGCUGGAGUGAACUGUUGGCCCUGGACGUUAUCUCUGGACAGGUUCUGUAUGACAGACCCAGUCUCCUUCUUGUUGGGGGUUAUGAGGUUGAGCUGUCCUGCACAGAGUAUCCUCCUGCUCCAUCUUUGUUGGAUCUGACUCAGAGAGGACAGGCGCUGGUUGAAAAGCUUCACACUCUAAAGGUGGACCAUCAAGAACUGGCCUCCAUCAAGUAUCUGAUCCUUUUCAAUCCAGCUGGAAAGCAUCUGGAAGACGCCGGCUUCAUCGAGAAGGUGAAGCUGCAGGUGGGUGGAGCCCUGCUGGAGCACACGAGGACCACCUCCCCCCAGCUCCCGGACCGUUUCGCUCAUCUGCUGGACUUCCUGUCAGAGCUGCGUCCUCUCGCCUGUCUGGUUGAGGAGUACCUGCGCUGCAGACACCUGAGGGGGGAGGUGCCCUGCAACAGCCUGCUGGAUGAGAUGCUGCACGCCAAACACAGCUGCCCGUGAAAACUCAACGCUGCAUUCACUUCAGGAGUCUUCUACACGUCUGGACUGGAACGAAGUGGAUAAAAAUGUGUCUAAAAUCAGUUACAAAUGAAAAAAUGUUUGAGGGACAUGAAUAGUUUAAGAUUGAAAACAUUUGAUCUUCAGAGAAAACAUGUUUGCUGCAUGUGGAAAUGUGGUUAGCACUCUGGCCUCACAAGAAGGUUCUGGUUGGUGAUUCUAAAUAGUUCCUGGGUGUGAAUGUGAUCUGCAGCCCUGCGAUAGAUUGGCGACUUUGUCAGUGGUUGGGAUAGGCUCCAGCAACACGUUAACCCCUAAAAGGGAUCAAGCAAAUUUAGAAAAUGGGUGAAAUUCUAAUUGUGUGUUCUUCAGCAACAGUACAGAGACACAAAUGUUUACAUCUUAUGAUCUAAACUUUACUUUAUCCUUUCAGCCAAACAAAUGUUUUAUAUCAUUCAGUUUAAUUCAAUGUGACUAAAAUCAGCUUUCUGACUAUUUUUUUUUUAGUUGAUGUCAUGAGUGUUGUUUAGAUGAAUACAAUAAAGACCAUUGGUUGUUUGUGCUAAACAUGAUUGUUUCUUGUGUUCUUCCCAGUCAUCUUUGCAUCCAAUGAACAACAAAAUCUCAUAAAAAGUAUGAAAAUGUUAUUGAUCUUUGUCAUUUUUCACAAGCACCGUUGGGAAAUCAAUGACAAGAAUAUUAGAUACAUCUCAACCCAGUCAAACACAUGGUCCUGUUUAGGAACCACAACCCAAAUGAAGGGAAAAAAAAUAAAAAUUUCUCACAUAAUAAACAUUUUAUAAGGUUAAAACAGAAAAAAACCUUCAUGUCUGUAACUAAAAUAAAUAAAGCCUUUACCAUCCAAAAAGUGGGGCUGGGUGAUACUGAGCAUUUGGGUAUCGAUCCGACACAGGUCAAUAUCGCCAAGAUAAACAAACAAAAAUCUCGAUUGUUUUUAAUCACCAUCGAUGUUUGCUUGUUUUUUUUGUAAGAUUUCUUUUUUUUAAUUACUUGAUAA